AGUUGCCAUCAAUCCUUCAAACUGCAUUUCGGGGGAAUAUAUUCUAAGGUGAAUGAUAGAAGAAAAAAAGAUGAUGAAUGGCAGUAGCCCAGCAUCCAUAAUGAAUAAACCUAUGUUAAUGAAUCAAUGUGCCCGAACAGAAGUGGGAGAAAAAAACAUUUGGCCUAAACAGCAACAGCAGAACACGUUUUCUCUCUUUCCUUCUUCUAAAGGCUGGAAUUUCAGAGGGAAGAAACGGAAGCAGUGUAGCCAAGAUGAAGAUACGAUCAGUAUCUGUAGCCUUGAUGCAAGUGAGCCUAGUAACAAACGAAUCAAGCCUCUUUCCAGAGUUACAUCACUAGCAAGCCUCAUUCCUCCUGUGCGGGCAACUCCAUUAAAGCGAUUCAGUCAAACACUUCAGCGUUCUAUCAGCUUCCGGAAUGACAGUCGCCCUGAUCUAUUCACCCCACGACCGUGGUCUCGAAAUGUUCCUUCUGCUAACACAAAGAGGAGGGACAGCAAACUGUGGAGUGAGACGUUUGAUGUUUGUGUCAAUCAGAUGCUUACAUCCAAAGAAAUCAAGCGUCAAGAGGCUAUCUUUGAACUUGCCCAGGGAGAAGACGACUUGAUAGAAGACUUGAAGUUGGCAAAAAAGGCUUAUCAUGACCCCAUGCUAAAACUCCACAUAAUGACAGAGCAAGAGUUAAACCAAAUAUUUGGAACGCUGGACUCUUUAAUUCCUCUGCAUGAAGAUCUUCUAAGGAGGCUUCAGGAGAUCAGAAAACCUGAUGGAUCUACUGAGCAUGUUGGUCAUAUCCUUGUGGGCUGGCUGCCUUGCUUAAACUCCUACGAUAGCUACUGCAGCAAUCAAGUAGCAGCCAAAGCUUUACUGGAUCACAAGAAACAAGAUCAUAGAGUGCAGGAUUUCCUACAGCGCUGCUUGGAGUCUCCUUUCAGCCGUAAACUGGACCUUUGGAAUUUCCUUGACAUCCCAAGAAGUCGUCUAGUGAAAUACCCAUUGCUGCUCAGAGAGAUUUUGAGACAUACACCAAAUGAUCAUCCAGAUCAACAACACCUUGAGGAAGCUAUAAAUAUCAUUCAGGGUAUAGUGGCAGAAAUCAAUAUAAAGACAGGUGAAUCUGAGUGCCAGUAUUACAAAGAGAGGCUUCUUUAUCUUGAAGAGGGCCAGAGGGAUUCAUUGAUUGAUAAUUCACGUGUUGUAUGCUGUCACGGUGAACUGAAGAACAACAGGGGAGCGAAACUGCAUGUCUUCCUGUUCCAAGAAGUGCUGGUAAUUACCCGAGCUAUUACCCAUAAUGAACAACUCUGCUACCAGCUAUAUCGGCAACCCAUCCCGGUAAAGGAUCUUUUGCUGGAAGAUUUGCAGGAUGGAGAAGUGCGAUUAGGUGGAUCCAUACGUGGAGCAUUCAGCCACAAUGAGAGAAUCAAAAACUUCUUCAGAGUCAGCUUCAAAAAUGGAUCUCAAAGCCAGUCCCACUCACUACAAGCCAAUGACUCCUUUAACAAACAACAGUGGCUUAACUGUAUCCGGCAGGCCAAAGAAAAAGUUGUGUGUGGAGGAGAGGCUGGAAUGCUGAAUUCAGAAGGACAUUUCCUAAUAUCCCCACAUGGGAGCAGAGUACCACAGGGAGAAACCAGGCUUGAGCAUAUGGACCAAUCAGAUAAUGAGUCAGAUUGUAGUAUGGACAUCAGUGAAGUCAGUGUUGACUGUGAACGCAUGGAACAGACAGACUCUUGUGAGAAUGGAAAACAGAUAGAAACCAAUGUUUGACAGAAACUUAAACUUCAUGAAAGUUAACUUGUGUCUUACCUGUACAGUAUUUGCAUUCCAUAUAUGGAACCAAGAUUUGAAAAGCACUUUUUAAAUACUUUCUUGUGACUAUGUCAACACAGUCCUUCUUGUACUUGUACUUUGAGAAUAGUACUGUAACUGCCAAUCUGUGUAAGCUGGAAUCUGUUGCAACUUGUAUCCUGUGACAUAUUCCAUAAACAUCUUGGGUGGAUGGAAGAGGUACUUGACCAGUUAUUUUCAGUGUCCUGCUGGAAAAAAUCUCUAAACUACUGUUCACAUGUACAUUAUAUAAAUAUUUUUUUCAUGCUUUUUACAGUGCUCCAUUUGACCUCUAAUGUGGCAGCUGAAGACAUGGAUUUUGAAAGAUGCCGUAAGAAAGAUAUUAAGCAUGACAUUUAGUUAUUAGUGGUGUUAAAGUUUCACAAAAGCAUAAAAAACAAUCUCUGUCUACAAAAAUUUAUUGGAAUAAACUAGGUUAGCUAUUGUGGUAUUGAAUCAACAGGAAGUGUAAAGAGUAGGCCAUGUCACCAGUGACUUUUUAGGGUUUAAUUAAAAAGGAAAACACUUCAGGGUUUGAUACAAAAAACAAACAUGAAGCACUGUUCUAAGAUCCAUCAAGCCAAUGUUUUAAUGUCUGGUCAAUUAAAAUCAUCAUUGCAGUGCCAUAGUUUACUAUCAGAGCAUAUAAUAAUACAAUAAACAACUGAAAAAAACCCCUCAACUGCUAACACUGAAUCUGUAAAUAAAAAGUUGGUAGUUUGCCUCCAGUGCCAUUUAGAACUGUGUUAUCCCAAACAGGAGAGGAAGAAUAGAUUAGUGAAUAAGCCCUCUUUAAUUUUUUGCAUCCCAGUAACCUCUACCUUUGGUUUUAAGCACCACGAAGGUUAAAAUAUCCCAGUAAACUUUGUGCAAAUAUCUGUUUACAAUUACCCAUGGUCAUUUUUUAAGACUAUAACAAAUUUUGUAAAGCACUGCCCUAUAAAUGCCCCAAGGGAGACAGAGAAACUUAAAAAGGGAAUUUAUUUUUCUUUAGUAAAUAUCACAUCCUUUAUAGUUUUUUUAGUAAGUUUGCUUCACUAAAUCUCAUGCUGUAAUUGGAAAUAUCACUGUGUUUUCUGGUGGAUGAUUUAACUUAAACUAUUAUUGACUUUACUUAUUAUGAUGAAAGGCAGAUCAGCCACUUAAAACUGCAGUUUAAAAACACUCUGUGCAAGUAUUAGGAAUUGUUGGUUAAUAUUUUAUUCCCCUGUGCAAGAAAUAAGUAAUUCCAAUCUUUUAAAUGUUAAUCAAGUGGGAUGUAAAAUAGUGUCCUAAAUAGUGAAAUGAUUCUUGAUAUUAUAUAAAAUGACCUGUGCAAAGUACAGCCAUACCAUAACAAGUAGUAAAACUGUUAAAUUAUUGCCAAAAACAUUUAUUUCUUGUGUGUUACAAGUUUACAGAAAGAAAAGAGUAAGUAAAAUGUCAUUUACUUUGUACAUAUGUCAUGACAUAUACAUUAAAGGAAUCAGUGUGACAAGAUAAACUAUAUAAAAACAAGGUAUAUUACUUUAUUUUUCCAAAAAUAUUGUGGUCAAUUUUACCCUUUAGAACAUAUUUCUGUAUUUAUAGUUUUUAAAACAUGGUGAUUUUUUUAUUGCAGGCCUGUAAUUUAUUUAAGCUGCUUCGUUUUUUAGAGUUGAAAGAUAGAAAAUACCAAUGAAGAAGAGUAGAACAAGGAGAAGGGAAUAUUUUACAGAAGGAAAAAGAAGUAAAAAUACUUUAGGUUGUGAACCAUUGGUAUGACAGCUGUUAGCCAAAGCGCUACAGAAAAAGCAUGUAGUGUUGAGUUAUGGAAAAAGAAGGUAUGUAUUGAUUAAAUACUUAUGUAUAAAGGCCUUAAACUUUUCUGGAAGCAUUCAAAUAAAUUACAUUAAACUGCU